AUGCUAACCCUCACCAUUCCGGUGGCUCGUGAUAAUUCCGUUGUUUUAGCAGAUUCCGUUGCUGGGAUGAACACUUUCCUCGUGUGGCACCGGGAAUACUGNGUACUCCCCGCGGACGCUGCUGGAGGCGUCGUGUACGCCCCGCUGGUGGAGUGGGGACCUGACGAGCUCACGGAACAGUUCACCGCGCUGCUGCCCGAGAUCAAACAAGCCGCGGACAACUGGCUGAAAGAGGACGAAGAGCUGACGUCUAUCGAAACGAAACUUCAGGAGUGCCACCAGCAAAUGGCGCUCAUCAAAGAAAUAGAAGCGUAUGGACCCAAUUUGAACAACCAUCCUCUGUACGCUAUCUCCCAAAAGUACAGCUCGUACAAACAAGCCAAGAACGCUGUAGAAGAUUCGAUGAAAGCGCUCGUGAAGAUACUGAAAGAUUUUGACGCGCAGAUAGAAGCGUUCGCGGAGACGAACGAAGCUUUGAAUGGUCCGCAGUUAAUGUCGUGGGUCCAGGAAUUUUCAGGAACAAAUGAGGACGAUGAACUGCCGAUAUUCGAACACAUCAAAGAUUUCCUCACAAACGCUGGACAAAGUUCGAUGAUAUCCCAGUGUGAGCAAGCCGAGACCGAGCUAAAUCAGAGCGUGCAACAGACAGGUCACCUGGUUAGGUCGUGCUUGGAGCUUCUGUCGCAGUACGUAGCGGUCUCCCAGUACUACCCACAGAGCCACACUGAGUACCACCGAAUAAUGAUGUUCCGUAAAUUCUUGGCCGCGGCACUGGACAGCAGAUCACCUGAAGUUUGUCGCGACGUUUCCAACCAGGUCAAUACUCUGAUGUUUACCGAGAACAACAACAACGACGCCACCCAAAUCGUGGCGUACAACUACCGCUUGCAAACGAUCAGCGCGGAAGCUAACGUGGCUCUGAACAAAGCCAUGGAGAGAUUGCAAUUAGAAGGUGGACCUGACGCGUUGACUUUAGCUCAGGAAGCGUACAAUGAAGCAAAAUCUAACAUAAGCAAUUGGGUGAGGACUGAGGAAGGUGCCGCAUCGGCACUAGAAUGUGUCGUCAUUGGAAUGUUGUGUAACUUGAACAGGAGAUAUCUUAUGUUGGAGAAUGGAGCUCAGAGCGCUGGCGACUGUCUCGUCGACCUGACGUCGAGGGAAGGGGAAUGGUUCCUGGACGAUAUGAGCGCUCUGUCAAUGCAAGCCGUGGAGUUACUUUCCCUGCUGCCGCUGCAGUCUGCCUCAGCUGAGGAAGCCGCUAUGCCGGUCGCGGUGGAAUGCGUCCGGAACGCGAACCUUCUUCUGGCAGAUUUGGUUCAACUGAAUUACAACUUCAGCACGAUCAUUCUCCCCGAGGCGCUGAAGAAGGUGCACUCCGAGGACCCGUCGGUGCUGCUGAUGAUCACGGAGCUAAACGCGGUCAUCGUGAACAGCCCGGUGCCGCUGAACGAUCUGCUGGCACAGCUGGAACUGCAUUUGAGAUAUCUUAUCAUGGACAUGGAGUCCCCAGCGAGCGGCGCGCAGCUGCUAGCAGCAGAACUGCGCGCGCGCUACGAGGCGCUGCUCUCAGCGGACGGCGAGGGCGAGCAGGGCGCGGGCCGCAUGCUGCUCAUGGGCUUCAACGGGCUCUUCGCGGCCGUUGAGCUGCGAGCGCGAGAGCUGGCCGACCACCUGGCCGUGCCCAUCCCGCCCGCCUGGCGCAAGAUCGACCACAUCAGCGACGCCAUGCACAUGUCGGCAGCCCUCCAGAGCCCGGUGCUGCGCUCAGUCCUGGAAGACUUGUUCCUGGUGCGGCGCGUGCAGACCGUGGCCGAGGUGUUUGCCAUGUGCGUGGGCUCCGCGCGCGCCUUCAGCGGCGCCGGCGCGCCCGCGCUCGCCGACGACGCCGCGCUCUGCAAGCCGGUCAGGAGGUUCACGGCGGAGUACGUGUCGCGCUGCGUGCUGGGCGUGCACUCGCGCGCGCUGGCCUGCGCGCUGUGCCUGCUGCUGCGCCGCGCCGCGCUCGACCUGCACGCCGAGGUCGAGCAGAAGGAGAUCGGAGCAUCAUGGAGCGUGUCCUUGGAGUCGUUAUGCGAGAAGGCACGCGCCUCCUGGCGUGCCGGCGCCGGCGUGCUCGAGCGCGCGGGAGGGCUGGCCGCGGCCGCACGCGCCGCGCGUGCCCGCUGCGUGCGCGCCACCGCCGCGCACCGCACGCACGCGCGCGCCGCCGCGCUCGCGCACCACGCGCGGCUGAGAGCGCUGGCGCACGCGCAAUUGCACGCCGAGGUGGUGGGCGGCGCGCAGGACCCGGGUCCGCUGCUGGCGCGGCGCGCGCGUGAACUCGGCGCAGCUGGAGAUAGACUAGCGGCCGCCGCGGCGCGCGCGCAAUCGCUCGUCACCGCCGCGCACCAGAGAGUGAAAUGGGGCGCCGGCGCGAACCCGGCUCUAUCCUGCGUGGUAGUGUCCCUGGAACGCGCGUGGGCCGCACGUCGCGCGCGCGCGCACGCGCUGGCCACGGGAGCACGCCAGCUGAGCACGCACGCACGACGCGCGUCGCUGGCGCGCGCCGCCGCCGCGCGACACAAGCACGCCAAGGCGCUGCGCACGUCACUCGCGCACUGGGAGAAGGCAUGUACACUGGCGCAGAAGUACUCGCUGCAGGUGACGCCGCUGGAGGAGUCGCUGAUGGAGAUGCUGCAUCCUGAAGGGAACAUCGACACGCAGUGGGUGAGUCUUGAACGCAACGGAACUAGCAAAUUCUAA